AGAUCUAGUUCCUAGUCUUAGAAGCUAAAAAAAAAAAGAUUUAAAAUAAAAGUUUGGUUAAACUUUUAAGAAUCACUAAAAGGCUAUAAAAAAUAAGAAAAUCCAGAAAUGGAAGAUCUACAAAAAGAGAAAGAACUUAAAAAAAUACAUUGCAGCAAAAAUCCCGGACAUACGAAAUUUAUACCCAUAAAUGAUUUCAAAGUGAAAAACUUACCAGAGCAAUUCAGGACUUCAGAAAAUUAUGAUUUCAUUAUAUUGUUAGCACAACUGACAGUCAGAUUGUCAUUGAAUUUGGUGACUGGAAACAGACCUGAUGGUUAUUUUUUAUCUCAAAUGAGAAACAAAAAAGCAUCACGGACUGGGACUGGUCAAAUACAAAAAGUAAGGAUGGAUCCUGACACACUUAAGUGUCACUGCCGUGAAUGUAAAACUCAGACUUUUAAAAAUAGUUGGAUUAUAUCUAUACAAACAGCUGCACAUUUGAUUUUUGAUACCACUGAAGCAGAGGAUACCAGGGUUGAUGUUUUUUAUGACGAUGAAGAAAAGAGAGAGAAUAUUAAAAUCUUGUAUGGGUUGAGUAUUAAAAAUCAAAAUACUGAAAAUGAUACCUGUAUCCUAGAAUGUGUAACCCAUGAUCAGGAACUUGGACACCAAAUAACAGAACUUGUAGAUCAGUUUUUAAAAAUGGAGAAACAGGUAUCACAUUCACUCUCUGAGAAAUAUGAUUCAGCACCGCUAAAUUUUAUUAUUUCACACUUACAUGAAAGUUCAGAUCCCAAAAGUCUUGGAUUUUUAAUGCAGAACUUUAACCCCCUCAUACUGGAUAAUUCCGAUCAGUCAUCUUUUGAGGCCAAUUUGGAAAAUAUCGAAGUUGAAGUUCACUUUCCAGAUGGAGAGAAUUCGAAAAAAAAAAUUUGGAUGUUUGAUAAACAAGUACUAGAGACAAAAGACUUUUUAUUCCAUGAAGGUGGAUUAAACCUUUAUCAAUCGGUUGAUUGGCAGAUGGUCAUUAUUAAAUCAUGUGGUGGGAAAAUUAUUAUGGAUGACAAGAAAAAUACAAAAGAUUAUCUUAAUGACCUGGUUGAGGCAAAAUACAUUACAUUUAUAAAAAAUGAUAAUUUGCCAGGUUUAAUUGAGAAUGUUACCUUAAAAAAUUAAAUUAGUAGCCUACUUCAUUAUUCAAAUUAUUUUAUAUUUAAAAAUUUUACUCAGCUGUUAAUACAUUUUUUUCUAGUUCUAAUUGGAGUUUUUCACCCUUUAUAAAAGUAAAUAUGGUUAUAUUAAGUAUUACAUUAAAUCUUUUACAGUUAUCAACAAUACUCUAUUAAAUUUGUAGUUGUUGUGAAAGCAUAAGUCAGGUUUUAAUACUUAUAUCCAUUUAUAAAUGAUUGGAAAAUUUAUUAGAUUAAAGUGUAAAAACAAACUAUUCAAUUGUUGUAAUUCACAUAAUUUUUAUUAUAUUUAAAGUGGGUUUUUUUUUUUUUUUUGAAGGGCCAUUUUUUUUUAAUUUUAAAAUAAUAUUUCAAACUGCAGAUAGUGAAAUAAAAUUAUUUGAGAUUUUUACUUGGCAGGCUAUAUAUUUAUAUUUCUAAGCUUGGAACAGAGUGACAAAAUGCUCACUGUAAAAGUUCACAAAUAUUUUCAAUCAUUAAAAUAUAAUAAUUGCCUUAUUAUCAGAACAAACUGGAAUGUUGUAUAAUGGAAAGCUUUAUUUGGAUUUUGUUAGUUCCAACAGUUUUUUUCUAACAAAUAAAAACAUUAGAU